CUGACGGACACGCCCACACUUCACUUAUUAUGUCCACGUGGCAGUAACAACACGCUAGCUACAGAGUUUUUUCAUGUUUUUUCGAAGACUCUGCUAGAAUGGACGACCUCCCAGCCAGCCAGGACAGCCUGGAGCCUCUUAGCCAAGAGACAAUGAAUAACCUCAUGUUCUCCCUGGGCGGGCAGAGUGCCGUAAAUGGGCUGAUUGGCAACGAGUUUGAAAGAAUUCAGACUGGAGAAGACUUUGUGUCUAAUUCAACCUCAUGUUCCGGAGAUGCAGAGGUCCAGGUGUCCAGAACCAUCAUUCGAACUAUUCCAGGUCAUCACUCUGGUGUCAUGCCGCAUUGGUCUAAUAGCCAAGGGCUCUCUCAGGGGUUUCCCCCACCCACCAUUAAUGGCGCUCUGUCACCAACACUCACGCUAAUGCCACAACAGCAAUUACCACCAAUCACUUACCACAAUGGUGGAGGAAUGGAGCCUGAAUCACCACUGACGACCACCUCACACUCUAUCCUCACACCACCACCAUCCUCAGUCAUCACAUACCCACCCUCCACAUCAGUCACACCCACUGAAGGCACACCAGGUCCCUCGAAUCCAGCUGCCUCCUUAAUGUCUAGAAUACCAUUUCCCGGUGACUAUGAGUUUGAAGUAAUAUUUGAUGUUGAGCCGGAGAAAAAGGUGUCCAAAACUGCCUCCUUCACUUACUCCAAGUUAACCUCGAGAGCGUAUCUGAAGCCAAGGUGCCCGCAAACUUUCAACUUUUCCUUCAGCACCCCUCCCCCUCUCAACUGUGGUAUCAGAGCUAUGGCCAUCUACAACACUCCUGAACUGACUGGUCAGCACGUCUUCUGUUGUUUGGCCGAUUCUCACGCCAUGCAGGAAAAACAGCAGCUGUUUCCAUCACAUUUCAUCCGGGCUCAUGAGACAAAAACUGCCAUGUACUGUGGCGAUGGGACCAGUCAACCGUGCUCUGUUGUCACGCCUUUCACCAAUCUCACACAGAAGGCGGCCACCGUCUGGUACACAGUGUACCUGUUCCCCUGUGUGACCUCCCACCUUCCUCACAAGAAACAUGUUGAGAUCAUGUUCAUCUUAGAGCAACACGGUAUUGUACUUGGACGCUGCCUAGUUCCAAUCCGUGUGUGCACGUCACCUGGUCGAGAUCGAAUCAUCGAUGAGAAGAAAGUUAACAAAGAGACAGCGGAGGAGGAGGGUGAGGCACAAUCCUCUAGGAAGAGAAGCCUAGAUGAUGAUAGUGUUACCGAGGUGACGCACUACACCAUGCCCCCCAAGAGACCCUGUUUACAGUUAUCCGAGCCAAAAGUCAAGCAUGUGAUUUGGACCAACAAAGAGCUGAUCCCGUACAUUGAUGUUACCGUUCGUAUGAUGGAGCAGGUGCACAGUGUACCUCCCCUGACAACUGCCCCUCCUGACCAAGUACCCACAUCCAGAGAGAUGUACCCGAGCGUAGAGGCUUGGCUGGAUAGCCUGGGUUUUGCUCGCUAUGCCAAUAUCUUCAAGGACAAGGGCAUUAUCAAACUGUACCAAGUACCCAGCAUCACGGAGGAGGAGCUCAAGUUGUGGGGCAUAACGACCGGGACUCACUGUAGAAAGAUAAUUGCUAGCAAAGACAGUGUUAUAAAGAGGGAUGGGUCACUCUCCACUCAAUCGAGCAUUGAACAAGAUGGCUGCUCUCCCCCACUCUUCACAUCUCAGUCUCCGCCCACACACCCCCACCAAAUAAUAACAAGACAGCUGUCACGGCAACUAUCACAGGGAUCUGGAAACAGUGGAUCCCAGAAUUCACAAAUCUCAAGCAGUUCAGCAGCUGCUUACUCUCAAUCUCAGUCGUUUGAGGUAGUGCAAAUACAACUGAAGAAAAAAAUCAGCAGCUCGAGCAGUAGUGGUUCUUCACAAAACAAUGGGAGAAGAUGAACUGGAACUUUAUUAUAUUCAAAUUGAUUUUUGGUAUCAAAAUGUGAACAAUUCUUUGUUAUAUGAGUUUCAUUGCGACUUCACUUGUCCUGUAGCUAUUCUUAAAUACAUGACUUGUGCAUUAC